GCUGGGGCGUGUAUCGGUGGCUGUUGAGUGUUUGCCUGUGUUGAGCACCAGCUGAAUGCCUGUGGGUCUGUGUUGAGUGGUUUCUGGGGCAUUUUGUAGCCCAAACCUUUCCUUUUGGACAAACCCCCUGUCAGUGCUGUCAUGUGAUACUAAUGAAUGGUCUGUCUCUUUCAGUCUGAUUGAAUUAGUAGCCCAGCAUGUGACUGAGUCCUGCUCUGCCUCCAGUUCUUCCCAGUAAGAAAAUGUAACAUUAACUUCCCCUUUGUGCUCUGUAAUCACAAGCCAUGGCUUCCAACUCUGGACACAGAGACACCAGACUCCUCCAUGGAGCCAGGACUCGUUCCUACGGCAGUUUAGUCCAGACGACUUAUUCUCCAGCCCAGAUCCGCAAGUUGGAACAUCAGGUCCAGCCCGGGGACACCCUGCAAGGUCUGGCACUGAGAUACGGCGUCUCUAUGGAGCAGAUCAAGCGAGCCAACAGGCUUUAUACUAACGACUCCAUAUUCCUCAAGAAAUCCCUUUACAUCCCAGCGACGGCCGGCCAAUCAGAUCUCUCCGAUGACCAGAAUUCUCAAGAGGGUUCAGAGACUGAAGGGUCUCCUGUGAAGCAGCCGGAGAAGGGAGAGAAGCAGAAGAGCCGGCACCAUGUUGUCCAGAAGGAUGAGAUGUCGCCCGUUGACUUCAUGAGCAGGUUGGACACCAACAUCCGUGUCUCCAAGAGGGCGGCAGUGAAGAAACUCCGGGAAGGAGAGUCCUUCGCCACAGAAGAAUCAACGCCAGGCGGAGCACCCGGGUAUCAGGGUAACCGCACCCCCUCGAGGCAAAACUCCCCGCAAACCCAACAGCGCUCUCUCCUGGGACCUGUGCCGCUAACCAUCACCACCCGCGCCUCCACCAUCAGAGAUCACGAGGAUGAGAUAUUUAAACUCUGACCCCGCCCUCAGCGUUGCUUUCUACUCUUCAUAUAUUUUAAUUUAUAUUUUUUUUAAGGAGGCAAAAAGUUUACAAGGAAUUUUUUCUUUUUAAGUGAAAAUGCUGUAAAAUGCACUGGUACUACUGAGAGCCUCCGAACAUGCGCCCGAUCGGGUCGGUAAAGUGCAGGGAGCGGGACAUUUUUAUACGUGUGCGUGAAAAGGACGAGGAUGGAAGAGAAAGCGGUUUGUUUAAUUUAUUAUGAAAUUCCAAGAUGCCGGAUUUAUUCCUAUUUCUAUAGAAUUAGUUGCUGGGUUGUACCGCCUUCUCCUGCCGACCAAUCGGAUGAGUCGACUGGUACAAAUAUCAUCCGUUUUAAUGGAGACGGCACUUCCCUUUAUCGGAGCUAUUAAAGGGACGCUAUCCGUGAGA